UAAGCUUGGUCAGCCCCGCCGUGGGGGCACCUGGGAAGAGGCGGAGAACAAUAUGGCGGAUGGUGAGGAGCCAAUGGCUGUUGAUGGUGGGUGUGGGGACACUGGAGACUGGGAAGGUCGCUGGAACCAUGUAAAGAAGUUCCUCGAGCGAUCUGGACCCUUCACACACCCUGAUUUCGAACCCAGCACUGAAUCUCUCCAGUUUUUGUUAGAUACGUGUAAAGUUCUAGUCAUUGGAGCUGGUGGCUUGGGAUGUGAGCUCCUGAAAAAUCUGGUAAUGGCAUUAUCUGGUUUUAGACAGAUUCAUGUUAUAGACAUGGACACUAUAGAUGUUUCCAACCUAAAUAGGCAGUUUUUAUUUAGGCCUAAAGAUGUUGGAAGACCUAAAGCUGAAGUUGCUGCAGAAUUUCUAAAUGACAGAGUUCCUAAUUGCAAUGUAGUUCCACAUUUCAAUAAGAUUCAAGAUUUUAACGACACUUUCUAUCGACAAUUUCAUAUAAUAGUAUGUGGACUGGACUCUAUCAUAGCCAGAAGAUGGAUAAAUGGCAUGCUGAUAUCUCUUCUAAAUUAUGAAGAUGGUGUAUUAGAUCCAAGCUCCAUUGUCCCUUUGAUAGAUGGGGGGACAGAAGGUUUUAAAGGAAAUGCCCGGGUGAUUCUACCUGGAAUGACUGCUUGUAUUGAAUGCACACUAGAAUUGUAUCCACCACAGGUUAAUUUUCCCAUGUGCACCAUUGCAUCUAUGCCCAGGCUACCAGAACACUGUAUUGAGUAUGUAAGGAUGUUGCAGUGGCCCAAGGAGCAGCCUUUUGGAGAAGGGGUUCCAUUAGAGGGAGAUGACCCUGAACAUAUUCAGUGGAUUUUCCAAAAAUCCCUAGAGAGAGCAUCACAGUAUAAUAUUAGGGGUGUUACAUAUAGACUCACUCAAGGAGUAGUAAAACGAAUCAUUCCUGCGGUAGCUUCCACAAAUGCAGUCAUUGCAGCUGUGUGUGCCACUGAGGUUUUUAAAAUAGCCACAAGUGCAUAUAUUCCCCUUAAUAACUACUUGGUAUUCAAUGAUGUAGAUGGACUGUACACAUACACAUUUGAAGCAGAAAGGAAGGAAAACUGUCCAGCUUGUAGCCAGCUGCCACAAAAUAUUCAGUUUUCUCCAUCAGCUAAACUACAGGAGGUUUUGGAUUAUUUAACCAAUAGUGCUUCUCUGCAGAUGAAAUCUCCAGCCAUCACAGCCACAUUAGAGGGAAAAAAUAGAACACUUUACUUACAGUCAGUAACCUCUAUUGAAGAACGAACAAGGCCAAAUCUCUCCAAGACACUGAAAGAAUUGGGACUUGUUGACGGCCAAGAACUGGCAGUUGCUGAUGUCACUACGCCACAGACUGUAUUAUUCAAACUUCAUUUUACUUCUUAAGGAAAAUAAAUCUGCACAUAAUAGAAAACUUAUGGAAAUAUACUUCGUGAAUGCUAAGAAAUUUAAUUGAUUCAUUUUUAGCAUUAGUGUUGCUGGAAUUUGACUUUUUAUAUAAUGAGCCACUCUUUUUUAACUUUAUAACUUUCCCUUGAACACAAUUUUGGGGUUGAUGCUUAUAAGUAUUUUCAUUAAUAUUAUGGUAAAUAAUGCCUGGAGAGAGAUUAUGAGCAAAUGUAUUGCUUCUUUUCAAGGAAGAGGCAAACACCCUCGUGUAUGUGAAUUUUGUUAUUAUGGUCAAAGAAUGCAUUCCUCAGUUUUCAUUUGAGCACCCACAUAUGCAAAAGAUAUCCCUUAAAGAAAAUAAGAAAGUUGAGUUUCAAAUAACGUUAAAUUUUGUAACGACAUCUAGAGCAUAUUGAACAUAGCCUACAUCUUACUUGUUUAAUAUUCAUUUAAUUGUGGCUGUCCUACCGAAUAUUAAUUACUGCAGAGGUUACCCUGUCCAUAGUAAUUUGUAAAUAGUGUUAUAGCUGAAUACCUGUGCAUGGAAAUGGGAACUAUUUUCAUGUGUUUAUUUACAGUGCCAUAGAGGCCAAUAUGCACAACAUUGAAACCAAGACAUGGAUGUUUAAAAAAUUUAAUGUUUAAACAGUUAUCACUGAUGCUUUUGCACUAUUUAUUAAUAAAAUCAUAUAUUGUCAA